AUGGCUUCGACGUUAUCCUCAUCCUUCUCUCACACCUCCGGCCAAACUGCUGUCAUCAUCCCCAGCGAGCCUGCAUUGACCGUCUCCUACAAACAGCUUGACAGUGAUAUACAGUCGUUUCGGAAACAGCUUGCAGAGCUAGGAAUCGGUCAUGGCGCUGCCGUCUCCAUCGCACUUAUCAACAGCUACGAGUUUAUUGUCGCCUUCCUGGCAACGGCGUACCAGCGAGCGAUAGCAGCACCUCUGAAUCCGGCAUACAAACAGGACGAAUUUGAGUUCUAUAUCGACGACCUCUCAUCUUCGCUCAUCCUGGUUCCCAAGGGUGCCUUCGCCAAAAAUGAACCUUCAAUACGUGCCGCGAGAAAGUAUGGAGCCACCAUUGCUGAAUGUUACCUGGAUGGCUCAAAAGUAAUACUCGACGUCAAGGAAACCAAGAAAAGAGCCACCCCACAGGCCCUUCUUACAGCCCAGCCCAACGAUACCGCACUCGUUCUACACACCAGCGGCACUACAGGCCGGCCUAAAGCAGUACCUCUAUCCCACCGCAACCUUACCCGCACGAUGCACAACAUCCAGCACACCUACGACCUCAGCCCUGCAGAUCGGACCUACCUGGUCAUGCCGCUGUUCCACGUACACGGCUUGCUCGCUGGUUUUUUGGCGCCCCUGAUCUCUGGCGGGUCUGUUAUUGUGCCCCCACGCUUUUCUGCCCGGAGCUUCUGGCCUGACUUUAUCAGCCAUGAGGCUAACUGGUAUACUGCCGUCCCCACCAUGCAUUCAAUCCUCGUCAAGAACGGGCCUCCAUCGACUAUGCCGAAGAUUCGCUUCAUCCGCUCUUGCUCCUCCGCGCUACCGCCCAAAAUCAUGCGGGAGCUAGAAACCAUGUGCAAAGCGCCUGUGCUAGAAGCUUACGCCAUGACCGAGGCGGCACAUCAAAUGUGUUCAAACCCGCUGCCCAGUCGCGGCAAGCGGAAGCCCGGUAGCGUGGGCCUCGGACAAGGCGUAGAGGUACGGAUACUAGAUGCGGAGGGCAAUGAAGUCGAGCAGGGUGCACAGGGCGAGGUGAGCAUCCGUGGGGAGAACGUCACAAAGGGCUACAUCAACAACGAGAAGGCAAAUAAGGAAUCAUUCACAGCGGAAGGUUUCUUCAGAACCGGUGACCAGGGCUUCAAGGACAGCGAAGGCUAUGUCAUUCUCACCGGUAGGAUCAAGGAGUUGAUCAACCGCGGCGGCGAGAAGAUCAGUCCUAUUGAGCUGGAUAAUGUGGUGGGUGCCAUGCCUGGCAUUGGUGAAGCCGUCAGCUUCGGCAUGCCUUCAGACCUAUUUGGCCAAGAGGUAGGCGUGGCGGUGGUGCCCAAAGGGACCACGCGUGUCGAAGCCCAGGACAUCGUGCAAUAUGUGGAGUCAAAGCUGGCGAGUCACAAGAAGCCAAGUCGGGUAUGGAUUCUAAAGGAGAUCCCUAAGACCGCGACGGGUAAGGUCCAGCGAAGAAAGGUUGCGGAAGCGUUGCUAGCAAGAGAUACUCAAGCGAAACUGUAG